AUGAAUGCACCUGGAAAUAAUCAAAUGAUUGCCACAAAAAUUCAAAAGCAAUUGGUGAAUGCUUGUGCAGUUGAGACCACAAAUGCUAUUCUAGCUGAUUUUGGAGAUAGGUGGUUCACUUUGCUACUUGAUGAGGCUCGUGACUGUUCAGUGAAAGAGCAAAUGGCAGUUGUUAUUAGAUAUGUGAACAAGCAUGGAGAGGUGAUUGAACGAUUUAUGGCUGUAGUUCAUGUUGUAACAACUACAGCUGCUUGUUUGAAGGAGGCAAUCGACUCUUUAUUUGCUAAGUAUGGUUUAUCAGUGGCGAGAUUGAGGGGUCAAGAAUAUGAUGGUGCUUCAAAUAUGUCUGGAGAAUUUAAUGGCUUAAAGUCACUGAUAAUGAAAGAAAAUCCGUAUGCAUUGUAUGUUCAUUGUUUUGCUCAUCAACUCCAGCUAGUGGUUGUAGCUGUUGCUCAAGCAAAUCAAUAUGUUUGUGAUUUCAUGUGGAUUGUUGGUUCGAUUGUGAACACAUCUGCAUCAUCUUGCAAAAGGGCCGACAAACUUCGACAACUUGAACAUGACAGAAAAGUUAAACUUCUUGAAAGAGGAGAGAUUAGUUCUGGUAGAGGACUAAACCAAGAAACUAGUCUAGCUAGACCUGGAGAUACACGAUGGGGGUCUCAUCAUUCAACUUUAUGUCGUAUUGAACAAAUGUGGCCAUUUGUUAUAGAGGUUCUUCAAAAUUUGAUUGAUGAUGGUGAUCGUUCUUCUAAGAGUUUAAGUAGAACUUUAGUUGAAAGAAUGGAGAGGUAUGAAUUUGUGUUUAUUCUACUAUUGAUGAAACGUAUAUUGGCAAUCACAAAUCAUUUGUCAACCGUUCUACAAGAGAAAGAUCAAAAUAUUGUGAAUGCGAUGCAUUUGAUCAAUAAUGUGAAAUGCAAAUUGCAAAAGUUGAGAGAUUCUGGAUGGGAUAUUUUACUUGAGGAUGUGAAGAAGUUUUGUAACACUCAUUCCAUUGAAAUAAUUAAUAUGACAGAUAACAUCAACAGCCGUAGUCGUUUGAAGAGAGAUGGAAAAAAUGUUAAUUUUUAUCACUACUACCAUGUUGAAAUCUUUUAUGAGGUUAUCGAUAUUAUUCUACAGGAGAUGGAUAGUCGUUUCUCUGAAACAACUACAGAUUUGUUGAUUUAUAUGACAUGUCUUGAUCCUAGGAACUCGUUCUCUAGAUUUGAUGUGCAGAAGUUAGUGCGUCUGGCUCAUUUUUAUGAGGAUGAUUUUUCUUGGAAUGAGCGUAUGUUGGUUGAACAAGAGCUUGAAACAUAUAUUGAUGACGUCAGAUCAGAUGAACGGUUUGAAGGCAUUUCAGAUUUGAGAUCUCUUGCAAAGAAAAUGAUUGAAAUAAUGAAGAAUCGUGUGUUUCCUUUGGUUUAUCAGAUGAUUGAGCUAGCCUUACUUCUUCCAGUUGCUACUGCAACUGUUGAAAGAGUGUUUUCGGCAAUGAAUAUUGUCAAAAUAGAUUUGCGAAACAGGAUUAGAGAUGAAUGGAUGAAUGAUGGUUUGAUAGUAUAUAUCGAGAAAGAUAUUUUUAAUACUGUCGACAAUGAGCCAAUUUUACAGCGAGCCAAUUUUACAGCGUUUUCAGAACAUGGAGUCUCGAAGAAUAAUUGUGGUUGUGCUUCUGAGGUAGCGAGCAGCAUCUUUGUGGUUGUGCUGGCGAAUUCCAUCUCUAGGCAGGGAGACAACAGAGGGAACGAAUGCAUGAUUGGAAAUCCAAAUUGUCAUAGUGUGUGUGCUGGAAUGGACAUUGAUCAGGACGAACGUCGUGACGAGAUUGGCGUUGGAUUCAGCCUACACUUAGAGGCGGGUAUGAGACGUGGUCGAGCGGUAGCCGGUUCUCGUCGUGGACCGGGACGAUCACGGAAACAACCCAUUGAGGCAGAGGAACCAGAACCAGUGACUCAGGAGGCGGAAUCUUCUAGGGAUCCAACUGAUGUUGAGACGGUUAGUCUAGGACAGACCCAUCAGACUCCUAGAGAUCAGGGACGUCAGCCUCAGGAGAUCCCUUCAGUCAUACCAUCUGGUAGAAAUCGGGAAUUUCAGCCUCAGGGGAUUCCCUCCGGGAUACCAUCAGCAUUUCCUACUCUUGCUACUACUGAUUGGAUGAGGGACAGAGCUCGGAUACCGUUGCUGGCGAGGUCCGUCAAGGACAGAUUUACCUUAUAUUUGGGCGGAGCAGAUCCUUGGGCUGCUUGA